UCCCCUUCCAUUCGUUCAACUCCCAACAAACAGCUAGCUUCAUCUCCUCCUCCUCGAUCUCUUCCUUCCCAAACUCUCAACCGAUUCCUCGAUCACCUCGCUCCGACCACACAAGAAGCAGCGCAGAUAUAUCGCACGUCGUCAGCAGCGCAGGAUGAUGCAGGUCUCGUCGUCAGCCGCGGCGGUGGAGGUGCCGCACUACUUCCUCUGCCCGAUCUCGCUGGAGGUCAUGCGGGACCCGGUCACGCUCUCCACCGGCAUCACCUACGACCGCGCCAGCAUCGAGCGCUGGCUCUUCUCCGACGGCCACGACACCUGCCCCGUCACCCGCCGCACGCUUGCGCCCGACGAACGGGAGGCCACGCCCAACCACACGCUCCGCCGCCUCACCCAGGCCUGGUGCGCCGCGCACCAAGUCGAGCGAUUCCCGACCCCGCGCCCGCCGCUCGACUCGUGCCGUAUCUCCGCGCUCGUCGACGAGGGCCGGCACGGCGGGAACGGGAAGGAGGCGGCCGCGCUCAGGGAGAUCAAGGCCAUCGUCGCCGAGAGCGACCGCAACAGGCGGUGCGUCAAGGCCACGCCCGGCGCAGUCGAUUUCCUCGUCUCCGUCGUCAGCAAGCACUCGACGUCGUCUAAAUCGUCACAGUUUGCCGACCAAGAUGAUUUUUUGGAGGUGCUGGAUUCGCCGACGUCUACGAGCUCGCCGGCGGAGGACGCGCUCAGCGUUCUCUACUCGCUCAAGCCGUCGGAGAGGAGCCUGGAUCAGAUCCUAGAAAGGAAUGACGACUUCUUGGACACAUUGGUGUCCGUCCUGCGCCGACCGAGCUACCGCUCGCGCACGUACGGCAUCCUUCUGCUGAAGGCGAUGACGGCGGUCAUGGCUUCGUCGCGUCUGACGACGGUGAGCGCCGACCUAGUGCAGGAGGUUGUGCGCGUCGUCUCUGACCGGGUAUCCUCCAAGGCCGUGAGGGCGGCGCUGCACGUGCUGUGCCGCCUGUGCCCGUGGGGCCGGAACCGCGUGAAGGCCGUCGAGGCCGGCGCGGUGGCGGCCCUGGUAGAGCUGCUCCUCGACGAGGGCGGCCGCCGCGUCACCGAGCUGGCGGUGGUGGCGAUCGACCACCUCUGCGGCUGCGCGGAGGGGCGGUCGGAUCUGGUCGCGCACCCGGCAGGGCUGGCCGUCGUGUCCAAGAAGGCGAUGCGGGUGUCGCUGGCCACCACUGAGAGCGCCGUGCGCGCGCUCCACGCCGUGGCGAGGCACUCCCCGACGCCGGCCGUGAUGCAGGAGAUGCUGUCCGUCGGGGUGGUGGCCAAGCUGCUGCUAGUGCUGCAGGUGGACGCCGGUGAGAGGGCCAGGGUCAGGGCAAAGGAGAUGCUCAAGGCGCACGCUAGGGUUUGGAAGGACUCGCCAUGCUUGCAAGCACACUUGAAGGCGUUUUACCCUUGUUGAUAAACACCACGUCAUGUGAAUUACAUUGAUAAUUUGUAGCUAAAAGGAGCAUACGUUUUGAUUCUCCUUUUAAAUUCCUCACCAAAACAUUUUGGUCAGUAGAUGGACAAAUUCUUUUGUUUCAACUAAAAAAAGAAUGUGAUUUUCUUAUGUUCUUUGGAGAUAAUAGUCUCCAAUUAAAGGGGCAAAAUGUAUCUACUGAUUGAUAUAGGUCAUAUGAUAAUGUACAGUUCUAUAUAAAUCAAGCUAUGCAUUCUCAAUUUAAGUA